AUGGACUGGCUAACGCACAACGGCAUAAACACAAGAACACAAACAAGGAGAAGAAAUGCCUCACGAGAAGGGAAAAGAAAAAACGGCUCAAGCAAAGUAACAACAGUGACCAGCUACGGAGCUCCAAGAAAAACAGCAGUAACAGUAGCGAUCAGCUACGGAGCUCCGAGCUUCGAAGUCCCCACUCUGCUGUUGCUGGUCUUGGCGCUGGCCGCCUCUUUGGCGACUUCGCAGUGCCCGUGGCCGCGGGAGAUCGCCGAACUGAACGGGUCGUGCCUGUGCGCGUACAACGUGCAGAACGAGCUCUCCAUACAGUGCACGGCGGUGAACUUCACGUUGCUGAUGACCGUGCUUCACCAGGGCUCCGUGGCUGACGUGCCCCUCGACCUCCUCUACGUCAACAACACCCGUGUCAGUGUCCUCAAUCCACGCACCUUUGAUGGUCUUCUCAUCGAGAAUAUCCAGUUUUCUUCGUGUGGGAUCUUCAACAUCAGCGAAGGAGCUUUCAAAGGGCUGGAGAACACUCUGGUCAACCUCAACCUGCAAGACAACAGGUUAACAGGUGUGCCCACACCUGCCCUCACCCGUCUUCGUCAACUCAAGCUGCUUGAUCUUUCAGGCAACAAGAUCACUUCCAUCCCUGAUGAGGCUUUUAAAGGCCUCCGUCUCUCUACCUUGAAGCUGGCUGACAAUGAGCUCUCGCUCUCUGGGCAGAGCUUCAAGGGUCUUGAAGGCUCACUCAAGAAUCUUAACUUAAAGGGCACUAAGCUGAGGAAUGUGCCCCCAGCACUGAGGAACCUGCCAGUUCUAGCCUUCCUAGAUAUCGCCCAGAACCAAAUACGUAGCCUCGAAGGAGGAGCUCUGAGGAACCUGCACUCCCUCACGGCUCUCAACAUCGAGAGGAACCUCCUGCAGACGCUCCAGGUCAAGGACUUCGCUGGCGUCAACGACACCCUCAGUUCACUCUCCCUCCUCAACAACCUCAUCACAGACUUCCCCACCGAGGCUCUCAACACACUCACUGAACUACGGGUACUAGACAUCGGGUUCAACUUGAUCACGGAGGUACCUGAGGACGGCUUCAGGGGCAUCAGGUCCCUCACUCUGCUGGCCCUGGAUGGUAACCCACUCAACAGCGUCCCUGGACAAGCUUUCUCUCACCUCAACACCUCCCUCAGGGGUCUCUCUGUCGGAGGGCGGUUCUUGCACUGCGACUGCAAAGUUGCCUGGAUCUCGGAGUGGAUACGCGACUACGAUCUGCAAGUGACAUCGCGCGAGCGCAACCCGCAGUUCUGCGGUCAGCCGCCAGACUUGCGCGACCGUUCCUUCUACCAGUUGAACCCGGCGGAACUAGCCUGCAACACCACCAGCUCUUCAGCCACUCCUACCAGAGCGUCAUCUCCCUCGCCUCCCAGGACAGAGUUCCCUCCUGCCGCCACUACAACCACUGCUUUCCCUCUACCACCACCAACUACCCCCACUACCACCACUACUACUACCACCACCACCACCACCACCACCAGUCCACCAGAUCCUCAGGUGACAUCGUUCCGGCCGGGCAGUGUCUUCGUACCAGGAGUCGCCGAGCGAGGAGACGAGACCAGCGGUGUCGGUAGCGUAGGGAACAUCCAGCGUGGUCCGGGGGGUGAGGCUCCGAUGGCAGAGGAAAUGUUAGAUCACCACCCUAUCCUUGACUUGCCUCCUCCGCAGGCGCCCCCUACACGGUUCCAGCAGGGCUCCCCUAGGGUGGAGCGACCGAUGGAACAGCCGGUUCACCCACCUGGACCCAAACUGGUGAUGAGGAACAAUGAAGCGCCCCAGGACGGGUUCUUCGGUCCGAGAUCUGACGGUCCAUACGUCGAGGAGGUUAUCGUGCAAGACGCCUACAGAAAGGACAACUCCGUUAUCAUACAGUGGGACUCAGAGGUGUCGAAUAUCCUCGGUUUCCGUGUUGUCUACAGACUCUUCGGUGACAAAAACUUCAAGCUUGGACCACCGCUGGCGGCCUCUGAGAGAGAGUUUAAGAUCAAGAAUGUCCCAACUCAGGAGUGUAUAGUGGUGUGUGUCGUCUCGCUGGAAGACGUCAAUGUUACUCCAGACAACGUGCCAUAUUCACAGUGCCGGGAGAUCCGCACGGAGACCUCAACCACCAUGCACAUGGAUACCAUCAUCAUUGCGGCUUCUGCUGCCAUCUGCGGCACGGUCAUCGUUGCGGUCAUCGUCUUCAUCUGCUGCAACCGCAAGCGGGUGGACCAUCACCGCGAGAAAGAGGGUAUCCCUGCGGUACUGAACCCUGUCUCCCCGCCUCUGGCAUCACUGGGCACUCUGGCACCAGGACCACUAGCUGGAGGAGGAGCUGGAGGAGGACCUCCUAGCACCAAAGCGGAGUGGGACACAUUAUCCAUGUAUUCGCAAAGGUCCAUUCCAAGGGCCAGAAUGUAUCACCUUGAGAAAGGUUCCGUCAACAAUGGGUUCGUACCAGACGACGCUAGGUCUCACAUCUCUCACGCGUCUUCCAGACACUUGCCAAGACCACGAUCUAUGGCUGAUGGACAGAGUCAGAGAUCCUACUCUGCACUCAGCUCGGCUCACCUCAGACAUCCCCCGCCCACUUUAGGCCUCUCCAGACAAGAUCUCAGUAUGUCCCGGCAGUCUCUGGCUGCCUCGCAGUACGCCGUGGGUGGAUACGGACCCAUGGCCGUCAAUCCCAACGCCUUCGGUAUGGGAGGGCCCGGCUCCACCAUGGGCAGCAUGAGAGGACCUGGCUCCACCAUUGGCAGCAUGGGAGGACCUGGCUCCACCAUGGGCGGCCUGGCGAGAGUGACGUCUCAGCGUAGUGACCGGCGCCGCCAGAGAUCAAAGUCACGCGAGCGAGCAGAGUCGCGUCUCAGCCAUGCUGGUUCCAGCCACUCCUUAACCGGUUAUGACACCGAUGGCUGGACCGACCACGACAUGGACAUCUACGUAGCCAGGAACCCCACCCGCAACGGUCUAGUCCAGCUCUAAACUCCAGGGUCUUCGACGGCUUGAAGCGUCUUCAAGUUAAGGGACUUCGAUUACUCUCGAUGGUUCCUGGGGCGCCGAUGCUUCCCAGAGCUGUAUUAUCUUCCGGUCAAGAAGGGAACUCAAGUGUGAAUUAAAGCAAGGAGUGAUGCAGACUAUUCUCCUUCAAAUAACAGAACAAGGUACCUCCCGACAGAAAAGCAGCGUAGCUAUGAACCCAGGUAAUACUCUGGGUACCUUGAUCAUCAGACCACAGUUUCUACUUGCCUCUUAUUGACGCUUCAUACCUAUCCUCACUUCCGAAGGCCAAGAAGCACAAGGCACGUGUGUGUUCAUUCGAGAUAGAAGACGAGUCAAGAAACACUGGUAGUAAGUUAUGUCAUGAGUUUCUCUCGCAAAGUUUGUAUCAGUGUGAGUUCUGUUGUGAGACCAGAGCUGCAAUGUUUUCCUGUGUCAAAAAAACAAAACAAAACACGACAGUGUUGAUGCAGAUAAUGAAAGUGAUUAAAAAGUAAUACUCUGCUGCCAAUUCACUAACUAGCGAGUAUCUCACGAACAAGUGACGCGUGGACGAGGUGUAACUAGUGCUGACGCUAGAGUCAUGCUGGUCUGUUGAAUGACGAGUGUCAACAGCACCGAGUGAUCCUGCUUGGAGAUACAGAGCUGCUGUUGAGGGUAAAAAAAAAAAAAACAAUCGAAAAUCGUAGAUUCUGUGUAGUGUUGUUGAACUUCUUGAGUUGCUGUGACGGCUGUGUUAAGGCGCCACAACAAUGCUGUGAUGACGGGGAGAGUGCUGUGCGUCACGGCUGUGUUAAGGCGCCACAACAAUGCUGUGAUGACGGGGAGAGUGCUGUGCGUCACGGCUGUGUUAAGGCGCCACAACAAUGCUGUGAUGACGGGGAGAGUGCUGUGCGUCACGGCUGUGUUAAGGCGCCACAACAAUGCUGUGAUGACGGGGAGAGUGCUGUGCGUCACGGCUGUGUUAAGGCGCCACAACAAUGCUGCGAUGACGGGGAGAGUGCU